UUUCAGUUGAGAUCCCACAAGCCAUGAGUCCGGUUCAGUCAUAUCCUCACAUUCGACACCACCUACUCCUCCUCCUCCUCGGGGUCAUCGUGACCUUGGGCGUGGUCCAAGCCAGUCGGCUGCCGGCGGAGGUGGGCUCCCAGCCACACAGCAUCUCCCUGCGGCGGAAUGGCGCCCAUGUGUGCGGAGGAGCUCUGAUCCGCGAGAAGUGGAUUCUCACCGCAGCCCAUUGCGUCAGUCUGGGCGGUGGGCAGCAGAGCUACCCAGCUCGUUCCUACAAUGUGCGAGUGGGCAGCAUUCAGCGUCUGGCUGGUGGUCAACUGCUGCCCCUGACCAACGUCAUAAUCCACCAGAACUACUCCAGUUCGCUAGCAGCCGGCUCCAAUGACUUGGCCUUGCUGGAGCUGCACUCGCCGGUGGUUCUGAAUGCGAACACGAAACCCAUCGACUUGGCCACCGAGCGACCAGCUGCGGGCGCGCAGAUCACCUUCUCCGGCUGGGGAUCCAGCCAGGUGGACGGAUCUCUCAGUCACGGCCUCCAGGUGGCCACCAGGCAGAGCCUGAGUGCGUCCGAUUGCCAGAAGGAGCUGUUCCUGGAGCAGGAGGAUCUGCUCUGUUUGUCCCCGGUGGCCGAGGACUUUGCCGGACUCUGUUCCGGUGAUGCCGGCGCUCCGGCGGCUUACAACAACCAAUUGGUGGGCAUUGCCGCCUUCUUUGUGAGUGGAUGUGCUUCCGGACAGCCCGAUGGCUACGUGGAUGUGACCCAGCAUCUGGAGUGGAUCAACGCAAACGCUGUUUAAAUAAAACCGAGCUAUUGAUAGGGAUUAUGUGAGUGCGGACAUGGUAGUGAUAUGAAUACAAAGUAUAUGAAUACAUUAUAUUUCAACAAUUACUUUUCAUACUACGUAUACGGAAUAACAUAAAAAAUUGGAAACAAUUUGAAAAAAAAAAUUAAAAUUUAUUUUUAAACACA